CAUCGAGUUGCACAGCUCAAUUUUGGGAGACCGUGCGACGCGCACGCACGGCUGAGCGAUUUCAAGAUGCUGCCUCGCCUCCUAUUCUUAAUAUGCGCAGCGCUCAGCGCUUCGCGUGCGGUUGCGCAAGAACAGCAAGCUGUGGCUGAUGAGCCACUGCAAGCAGCGGAGAGCGCCGACGCGGCGCCGGAGCCCGCCGAGCCGGAAGUACCGCAACCACCGAAGAAGGAGGAGGAGCCGGCGUCGAACCCGAUACCACUAGCAGUCGGCGGCGCCGCCGCGCUCGCCGCACUCGCACUUUUACUAGGCGGCGGCAGCAAGAAGAAGCAACCGGCUGCUUUGCUACUGGGCCCUUCAAAUGCGGGCAAAACCUUAUUAUUCCACCGCCUCGUGAAUAACGAGAUCGAGGAGACUGUGGCCUCCAUGAAAAGUGACGAGGGCAUCGUGGACAACAAACUGCUCGUCGACGUGCCCGGCCACCGACGAUUACGCAACGAAGUAACAAAGGAACUCAAGCGCGCCACGAAGAUCGUCUUCAUGGUCGACGCCGCGGACGCGACGCGACAAGCGAAGGCGGCCGCCGAGUUGUUGUACGAAAUAUUUUGUCAAGACAGUCGCCCGUCCUUACUCAUCCUGUGCAACAAGAAGGAUAGACCAGGUGCCAAGACGCCGGCGCGAAUUAAGCUCACGCUUGCCUCAGAAAUCGAGACCCUUCAUAAAACGGCGAAGACGAUGGGUUCCACCGGAGACGACACGCAGCAGGUCGCGCCCAUCGACACAGCUGGCAAGUUCUUCUCGUUUGAGAGCCACGCGCCAUGCGCGUGUACGUUCUUGGCGUACUCGGCGCGCGAAGACAAGCUGGACGCGGUGCGCGAGUUCCUCCUGAAGUAGGCGCGUUGUGUAGGAGACUAAUGAAUCACGACUGUCGCGG